AUGCCACCGGCUAAAACUCGCAGCAGCAAAAGAACUCCUGGAGGAACAUCAUGUUCAUCAACCGGAACAACCGUAGUUUUCAUCUCAUUAUGUGCUCUCGGAGUUUGGAUGCUUAGUUCCAAUGACUUAAUUCCAACACAAACCACCACUACCACCACAAGUUCUCCUAUCCUCUCCGAAGAUUCCGAUGAAACCAAAAAACCCUCUUCUUUUUUCGAAGACAAUCCAGGUCAUCUCCCUGAAGAUGCUGUUAAAACAGGUGAUGUUGUUUCUAAUCAACAACAACAACUUCCUGAUAUUGGAUUGGAUAAAUCUAUUGAAGAUCAAAAGAAUGCUCUUGCUGAUAAUCUUAAGAAUUCUGGUAAUAUGGAGAGUAUGCUUGGGAAUGUUAAGGAAGUUGAAGGUGAUGAAAAUGGCGAAACGCAGCAGCAACAAUUGGAGAAGACGAAUCAAGAGGAGGAAACAACAAGCGUUCAAGAUGAUGUUGUUGCUAAAUCGGAUGCUAAAGAAAUGAAAGCGGCUAAGGCUAAGGAGAGGAAACAAAAACAAGAACAAGCUAUUGAAAAAGAAGAGACUUUUAUCAAUGACAAUCAAGAAAUAAUAAACGAUCAGACAAGUGCUAAACAACCACAAAAGAAAGACGUAGAAGAAAUAAUAACUCAGCUAGAAGAUGAACAACAACAAUCAUCAUCCCAACCAGAAAAACAAGAGCAAAAGAAACAAACAACCGAAGACGACAUCAUCGGAACAAUAACCUCCGACCAAACAGAACGCGGCGGCAGCGACGACCCACCAAUGAACAACAACGACGAGUUACAAACCUCAGAAACAGAAUCUACAAUCAAAAAAGAAGAAGAAGAAGAUAAAGAACCAAAGAAAAAGAGAAAUUCAAAUAAACAAUCCAAAUCUCCUUCUUCUUCAAUAGAUGGUGGAUCAAAGAAACAAUGGAAAACUCAAACAGAACAAUCUGUUACUCAGAAAGUUCGAGAAGAAAUAAAGAAUAUUGAGAAAACAGAUGGUUCUAUAACUGAGCAAUGGAAGCUUUGUAAUACAACAGCUAAUUCGGAUUAUAUACCUUGUUUGGAUAAUGAAGCUGCAUUGAAAAAAUUGCGUAGUAGAGGACAUUAUGAACAUAGGGAAAGACAUUGUCCUGAGGAAGGGCCAACAUGUUUAGUUCCUCUACCCGAAGGUUAUAAGGUACCCGUCACGUGGCCUAAAAGCAGAGACAAGAUAUGGUACCACAAUGUGCCACACACAAAGUUGGCAGAGGUUAAAGGCCAUCAAAAUUGGGUGAAAGUUUCCGGCGAAUAUCUCACUUUCCCGGGAGGUGGAACGCAAUUCAUCCACGGCGCAUUACACUAUAUCGAUUUCAUUGAAGAGGCAGUGCCAGAAAUAUCGUGGGGAAAGCACACUCGAGUCGUACUAGAUGUUGGUUGUGGUGUGGCAAGUUUUGGAGGUUUCUUAUUCGAAAGAGACGUAGUGGCAAUGUCAUUUGCGCCAAAAGAUGAACACGAGGCUCAGGUUCAAUUUGCACUUGAACGAGGAAUUCCAGCUAUAUCAGCUGUGAUGGGUACCCUAAGGCUGCCAUUUCCUAGUAGGGUAUUCGAUCUAGUUCAUUGUGCGAGAUGUCGUGUUCCAUGGCAUAUUGAAGGUGGUGCUCUUCUUUUGGAAUUGAAUCGUGUUUUACGACCUGGAGGUUAUUUCGUCUGGUCAGCCACGCCGGUGUAUCAAACACUCGAAGAAGAUGUUGAAAUAUGGAGAGAGAUGUCGAAGCUAACUGCAGCAAUGUGCUGGAAACUGGUAACAAUAAAGAAGGACAAACUGAAUUCCGUCGGCGCUGCCGUUUAUCACAAACCAACAACAAACGAAUGUUACGAUCAAAGAAAGGAAAACGAACCUCCCCUUUGUAAAACCGAAGACGACCCUAACGCUGCUUGGUACGUCCCCCUUCAUUCAUGCAUGCAUAGAAUACCUGAAGACGAAGCAGAAAGAGGAAGUCGAUGGCCUGAAAGUUGGCCUCGUCGAUUACAAACACCUCCAUUUUGGCUAAUCAAAAACCAAAAAGGAAUAUAUGGUAAAACUGCACCAGAGGAUUUUGCUAGAGAUAAUGAAUAUUGGAAACAAGUUGUGGGUGAAACUUAUUUGAAUGGACAAGGAAUUAGUUGGGCUAAUGUUAGAAAUGUUAUGGAUAUGAGAGCUACUUAUGGAGGAUUUGCAGCGGCUUUAAAAGACCUUAAAAUUUGGGUAAUGAAUGUUGUGAACACGGAUGCACCGGAUACUUUGUCUAUAAUUUAUGAACGAGGUCUUUUUGGGAUAUACCAUGAUUGGUGUGAAUCUUUUAGUACAUACCCGCGAUCUUAUGAUCUUGUUCAUGCAGAUCGCCUCUUCUCAAGUUUACGUAAAAGGUGCGAUCUAACGCCAGUAGUGGUGGAGAUUGAUCGGAUUGUAAGACCGGGAGGAAAGUUAAUCGUUCGAGACGAUGCAUUAAGUUUGAAGGAAGUAGAGAAAUUGCUCGAUUCUUUGCAUUGGAAGGUUAAAACGACACCAGAAGGUGCGCUAUAUGCACAAAAAACGGCAUGGAGACCAGAUCCAUUGGUGUAA